UUUUGAUUUGGCUUGAAAUGUAAACCGUAACCAGGUCGAAAUGAACGAGUUCAGCGCAAUACCUACUUGGUGACAUUGUCGGCAUUGACGCUGGUCGGUGAGUUCAUGAUCCCGUCGAGCGGGCCGGACCGUGGAGAGUCGGUGAACCUUGACACCGAAACGCGAAGUCGAUUCUGACGAAAAUGCUAUAAAGCCAGGACUCACACCUCUCUGACAUGCGAUUUCAUAUUCUCGGGCUGGGUCCGAUUGGGUCCCUGGUAGCCCACAACCUUCGGCGCUACCUUUCCCCAGAACACGGAAUAACGCUCAUCUUCAAGAACAAGGAACAGGCAUUGACUCGUGAACGAUGUCUUAGAGUCGAAAACAAUGGGGUGGUCACCAAAUCCUCCGGUUUCGACAUGGAAGUCUUCAACAACUCUCCACUUCCCGUGCGGAAAGGCAGAGCUCCCAUCGUUACACCAACUCCUCCAGUGACGUCCCCUGCCAUCGCCAACCUGACUCAAACCCCCGAGCCAAUCCAGUCCCUCAUUAUUUCUGCAAAGGCCCACCAAACAGUUCCCGCAAUUCGCUUGCUCGAACCACGUCUCAAACCCAGCUCAACCAUCGUCCUCCUCCAGAAUGGCAUGGGUGUUUACGAGGAACUGCUGAACACCGUCUUCCGCAACCCAGAGCAACGGCCUCACAUCAUCCUGGCUUCCAACACCCAUGGAGCCUACUUCUUCGACGGCCAACGAGUCAUCCAUGCAGGAAUUGGCGCCCUUGAGUUUGGUAUUGCACCAGACUACAGAGGCCGCAACUUCGAGGCUGCUCUCGAGGCAGCGACUCCCGCAAACCCGUCGCCACCCCUCCUUAUCAAAGACAUAGCCGUCGAAGGUGAUCCAGAGUAUCCCCAUUACCGGAGUUUGCGAGACACGGUCGCGGCAUUGAAGGGACUCGGAGCACUCCACACUUCGUGGAAGCCAAUAUCCGCCAUUCAACUCGCCAUGCGCCGCAAAGUAGUCGUCAACUCGGUCAUAAACCCUCUCACCGCCCUCAUGCGUUGUCGGAAUGGGGAAAUCUUCAAGUCAGAGGCUGGCCAGAGCAUAUGCUCCAGCGUAGCUGCAGAAGCGGCUGCUGCGUUCGCUGCCCAAAUCAAGGCUGAAACAUCCGUGUUCUUGAAGGAAAUGGCCAACGAAGGCGUGGAUCCCACCACCAUCGAUACCGGACGGAUACCUCCAUCCCUCACCCAGGAAAGUCUCGAGAAAGAGAUCCUGCGCGUUGCUAGCGUCACAGCCGGGAACCAGUCCUCUAUGCUCGUUGAUUUGGAACGAGGUCGAGACACCGAGAUCGAAUACAUGAACGGCUACCUUACCCGUCUCGGCCAAAGCUAUGGGGUACCGAUGCCAGUCACUUCGAUGCUCUAUAAUCUGGUCAAGAUGAGGACACAAAUCCCAUUGGACCAAAUGUAACGGUGGAUCGAUAUCGGUAUUCGCAGCUGGAUCCGCCUUGCGCCUCACGACGCUCGAGGGGGCAAUCUGCCCGCGAACAUCUAAAACAGCCAAACUUGUCCUACUUCAAAACAGACUUCAUCCUUCGAA